AUGGAAGUGCGAGCGAAGAUGAAGACGAAAUUCGGCUACUACACCAAGCGAACUGAUGAUAUGCAGUGUAUGGGCGAGGAUGAAUACGCCUGUAAAUACGGAAUGUGGAGGAAGUUCCCGAAUCACACGAUUGUUGGGACUGCCUAUCCCUUCGCGGGAAAGAAAUUCAGCAGUUUGACAGCUGCUUUUGAAUUCGCCUGCGAUAAACCAACAGUGAAGGGUGUUAUCUACGACGGAACGGCCUAUCAACUCCGCGGUGGCUCAGCUGGAUUCAGAGAGCACCGAAACGACACUGUAUGGAUCAAGCAAUAUAGUACCCUGACAAUUGCCUAG